ACUCUUGUAAGUAGAGAUAAAAAAUGUCGUCUACUGCAAACGGAAUUGAAGCAAAAAAAAUCUGUUAUCAACUAUUAAACGAAAUGUUGAUGAACGUGUUUGCCGGUCGCAGACAGGAUGGCAAAGACCCGUGUCCUAACUGUCCAACAUAUCGGAGGUGCUACCCAAGAAAGGUCAACCCUCGCAACAAGGUUAUCAUUAGAUUGAAAAAAGAGAAACUGAGAGAUUUUUGUAAGACAUUAAGUCGUAUGAGAAGUCAGUCAAAUGAAAACCAUUCUAAGUGUAUCAUUUGAUCGUGAUUCAUUGGGAAUUUUGGAUCAAAGUUAAAAAAUAUAUUAACCAUCAUCAUCAACUAAAUAUUUACGAAGCACACAUUUAAUUGCUGAUUGGAAUAAUUAUAUAGUAAAAAAGUUAUUUAAAUUUUUAAUUAAUCUAAAAUAAAGUUAAUUUUUUGGCAAAAUGACAAAAGGCAUGUCAAUAAUGGAAAAACCGUUGUCGAAUAAUCGUCGACAUUUUCUACCGCGAAAGUUGGUCGUUGCUUCAGUUCUUGGUAUGACAUUUUCAAGUCUGGUUCUUUUUGUAAUUUUCUGGUGUACAAAUAUCUUUCAAAAUACUAUUCUUUCAACACUUGUCGUUAAAAAUGGUACUCCAAUGCUGGAGUGGUUCAUUCGCCCACCAAUUCGGGCAGUCUACAAGAUAAAAAUAUUCAACUACACAAAUGUUGAUGACUUUGAAAGUGGUAGAACAAAAAAAUUGAAAGUUGAAGAGGUUGGACCAUAUAUUUAUCGUGAAACUUUGACAAGAAUAAAUUAUGUUUUUCAUGAAAAUGGAACGAUAAGUUUUCAAGAGAAAAGAUCCUUUCAAUGGGAGGGUGGAAGACCUGAUGACGAAAUUAUUAUUGCACCAAAUGUUCCACUUAUGGCAGCUAUGGCUUUUGUUAAAGAUAUGUCUUUUUUUGCUCAUCUUGCUCUUACUGGAGUCCUCACGACUUUGCAAUCAAAACCCUUCACAUCAGUCACAGCAGGGGGUCUAUUAUGGGGAUAUGAUGAUAAAAUAUUUGAAUUAGGAAAACCAUUUAUUUCUUUCCAAGAACAUAUAUCUUUUGAAAAAUUUGGUCUUCUUGCCCACAAAAAUGGUGUCUCAUCGGAUGUUAUUACAAUGAACACAGGAAUACAUGAUUUAAAUCAACUAUCAAUGAUUGAACGAGUCAAUGGUCGUAGUAAUCAACAUGUCUGGCAUGAUGCUCAGUGUGACCGUGUUUAUGGGUCAGAAGGAUACAUGUUCCCUUAUAACAUGAUCAAAGAUCCUGAUUCAACAUUAUCAAUUUAUGCUGUUGAUAUGCGUCGUACUUUACGUUUCCAACGAGCAGGAUCUGACAUAUCCUUUGGGGUUCCAACAUAUACGUUCAAACCUCCUACUGAUGCUUUCAAUUACAACAAUGGAGAGGAACGUUGCUUUUGUCCACAAACUAUAACAGGUGUUUCAUCAUCAAAAACCUGUCCCCCUAAUGGAAUCUUUAAUUCGUCAGUCUGUACCUUCAAUAUGCCUAUCGCUGUGUCUUUGCCUCAUUUUUUAAAUGGAGAUGAAAGUCUUAAAAAAAAUAUUGAUGGUUUAAAUCCUCAACAAAAUUUGCAUGAAACAUACGUCAAUGUUCACCCACGAUUGGGAAUUGUAAUGGGAGGACACUCUAGAGUCCAACUGAACGUUGAAGCUCGCAAAGUUGCUGGUAUUCCUUUCCUUGGGAAUAUCGAAGAUGGGCAAAUUCUACCUUUAAUUUGGAUUGACGUUGGAGUCGACAGCAUUCCAGACCACCUGAUGAAUCUCUUGAAACAUGCAUUUUUUACUGCAUCCACAGUUGAAGCAGGAAUGAAGUGGGGAAGCAUUGUAGGUAUCAUCUUAUCUUCAGGAGCUCUCAUGCAUGUCUUAAGAAAACAACGGGAAGCACAUCGAGCUGCUCUGAAGAGAAAAAUAUCUGGACAAGCUAAAUUACUCGAAGAAAGUGAGUUAGGAACAGUACAAUGUUAAUUAUUAUUACAAAAAAAUUAAAGUUAAUUAGUAGUUAAAGUUAAGUAGAGUAGUAGUUUCUUUGGUAUUAGACCUGUGGCAAGAAUAAAAACUUUUAAAUUUAUGUGUUAUGAACAAAGAAAGGUGUGAAUAAUUAUAAGUAAAGAUGUGUACAAUAUCUUUCUCAGGGCAAAAUAUUAUUUUUUACUCUUAAAAACUAUUCGAGAAAGUAUGAAGGGUAAAAAGACUGUUAAUUUUAAAACUUUCUAUUUAUUAAUUAUUUUAUUUAUCUCGCGAUUUUUUAAUUAGGUGUUUAUUGAUAAGAAUUUUAUUGGAUAGAAGUUAAUAAAUAAACUAAGU